CUUCUUUUUCUUCUUCAGCUCCGAAAUUGAACUUUCUUCUGCUGACAUUCGAAGAAGAACUAAUUGGGUUCUUCACCUCAGCCACAUUUGGAGCUUUGGAAGCACCAGAGCCCAGAAACGAACACAAGCAGCGUUUUCUUCUUUUCGGCUCCAACACAAUCAACGAUUCCAAGGAAAAGGAUAUCCAUGCAUUAUUUCUGGUUGUUACACUUGCAGCACCUAGGCUCCAAUCCCGCCCAGCUUAAGAAAAAUUUGUAUUCAACUACGACCAUAAAAUCUCGGUUUAUGUUUCUAAAGUUGUAUGGUCGAAGAAGACUGAUGCUACAGGAGUUAUGGUCAUACAGAUUGCAUUUCACUUUCAGGUACUGGGAAGUGGUUUCGAGGUAAUAUCCAUUGGGAAGAAAAAACUAGUUCGAUCUGUCCCAACCGAGUUGAACAAAGACCAUAAUGAGAUUAUAGAGCUUGCCCAGGGACAAGGCUACGUGACUGUCGAUGAGGCGGAGAGACGGCUGUCAUGGACCUCAGGCCGUGCCAUUGAUGCCCUCGAAACUUUAUUAGAUGAAGGUUUUGCGAUGAUUGACGAUGGACAUAGAGAUGGGAAGCGUCGGUACUGGUUCCCUUGUGUAUCUUCCAUCUCAUCAACUGUCUUUACUGAUGCUUAAAGCAGCAACCCUUGAUGCUGUUCGAAGAGCACAUUGAUGUGAUCUUCGUGAAGCAUCAUCUUUGACUACUAUGCUACACCCUGUAUCUUCUGACAAUCCUGUUUAUUUUUGUACCUUGAAUUUCUGUUGUUUUUGGUUUGGCCGAGUUGCGGUAGUCGUUACACCGCAUUGCGAUGUCUUUCCUGGAUCAUAUGACAGUCCAAGUACCAAAUGUAUGAAUUGGUGGAAACUUCUCUUAAAAGUGGCAAUCUAUGGCACUUGAAAGUGAUGACUCUUUCCGUCAAGUAUUAUACGAUUUCUCGGUCGAACACCACCCGGGAGUCUUAACACGGAUUAGUUCGUGUUCUUAACAAAAGCGGAACCAAACAUUUGUGGACCUCCGAAUCAUUAACGAAUGAGUAGCUAGGCCAUUUACAUUUUUCCUUCUCUCCUUCCUCAUGGGGUGAUAAGUUUCAUCAACUGUAAUAGCUGUUAAAGAACUACCACUGCCGAAUGCCCUCCGAGCGGCUCUGACGAUUUCUCCAAAAUUACUAUUCAUGCCAUUGCUUCUGAUUCGGCAUAUUUCG